AGCACAGAGAGGUUGGGGUUGGAAAGGUCCUGAAAGAUCAUAGAAGCACAGAGAGGGUUGGGUUGGAAAGGUCCUUCAAGACUGCAGAACCGUGGGACUGGGGAGGAAGGGGUGGAAGGGAUCACAGAUCACCCAGUCCAUACCCCAGGCUGAGCCAGCACUGAGCUCACACUCACACCACGGGGUCGUUCCGCUCCAGCUGGAUUUGAAUUCGAGGAGCAUUAAUUACCCAACGCUUGGUAGCAUUUCACACGUGUCAAACGCUGCCAGAAAUCCACGCUAAUGGGUCGGCCCUCUUUUUUUCUGUUGGGCCAUGGUGGUGGGGUUUUUUGUUGUUGUUGUUGUUGUUAUUUUUACUAUUUCACUGAAACAGCAGGAUGUUGGUGUUGGGAAGGGGACGGAUUUGGCCUCAGCUCAGGUUUUGUGCCUGCAGCACCCUCCCGUAUCGCCCUUCAUCCACCAGCAAAAGGUUACAGCUAAAGGGCUGCUCACCACUCCCGGGCUCUCCAUCAUUAUUUUUUCAAGUGUGAAUUACAGAAAGACAAAGAGAAAAGGGAGAGACGCUCGCAAAGACACUCACACAAAAGGAGAGAGAAAUCCCACACCAUUCUGCUCGGAACGUCCCACACACCGCAGCCGAAAGCCACCGCGCAGCACAAAUCCACGGUGGUAUUUGGAAGGGAUGAGCCCACCCCUGUAAGCCCCUUCAUCCCUCUCCGCUGAGUUUGCCAGGAGGAUUAACCCAGUCUUGUUCUCAAUCCCAGUUUAUGAGUUCCCUGCUGGUGGGGAAGAUCCUGUGUGUUUAAACAACAGCCUAAUUAAUCCCUAUUUUAUUACUUUCUCUUGUCAAGUGGCUAAAUGGGAGCUGUCAGCCGGCAGCCACCGCCGCUCACAUUUGUUUAGAUCCCAAAUUACUUCAUCAGAACCAUCUGCUCCGCACGCAGGGCACUCGGUGGUUGUUUGUUUCUCUGGACACAGCGUGGGGCACAAAAAGCGUCUGGGAGAGGGGGGACCGUCCCAGAGGGGUCCGCAGAGGAAAUCCUGAACAAGGAAAAUCCAGGCACUGAGCAACCAUGGAGAGGAAAAGAGGACCCCAAAAUUACAUUUCUUGCUGGGAUGUGUGGGUGCAGCUCCAUGCGUCCCCCUCCUUCCUCCCUUGGCUUCCUGAGCCCCUUAAAUUGGGUGUUUUCUCCCUGAAAAAGAGCAGGGGGGGACUCACUGCAGUGUCCCAGGACUGAAAAGAGUUUACAAAGGGGAUAGAGGCUCGAGGAGAUGUGGGGCAAUGGCUACAGGCUGCUCAUUGCAUGCUUAUAACCCCAACCCUUACCCCAUGGUUCUGUGAUCUUUAAGGACCCAUCCAACCCAACCCCAUCCCAUGGUUCUGUGAUCUUUAAGGACCCAUCCAACCCAACCCCAUCCCAUGAUUCUAUGACCUUUAAGGACCCACUCAACUCAACCCCACCCCCUAUGAUCCUUAAGAACCCGUCCAACCCAACCCCAUCCCACAGUUCUAUGACCUUUAAGGACCUUUCCAACCCAGCUUCAUCUUAAGACAAGAAAUCAGUGUCUGAACCUGGCAACAACCAACCCCUGGCACAACCUCCCAGGGACAGGGCAGAAUCCCCAUCACUGGACGACUUCAAGAUGCGAUUGGAAAGGGAAAAAAACUCCUCCAAUCCUCCACCACCCAUUUACUGUCCAUCUGUCUGUCACAGGAACGCUCCUUCUUGUGCUAUGGGAAAGAAAAAAUGAAAUUAUAUGCCAUUUCCCUGGCAAAUCCUGUUGGUGGGGGGGAAAUCCCAAUUUGAAAGGGCCAGACGGGGGAAUCCAGCAGGCUGUCAGUGCGGCACGCGUUAAUUACUGACGGCGCUUUUUUUGCAAGAAGCCUGCCUUUGUGUGACAUCUCCAACCCAAUCUGUUCCCCAGUUCUUCCCUUCCCCGAGCUCCUGACCCCGGGUUUUGCUUUGCAGGCUCUUCCAGACCAAGUGCAGCAGCUGCCUGAAGGCCAUCGCUCCCUCCGAGCUCAUCAUGCGGGUGCUGGAGAACGUCUACCACGUCCACUGCUUCUAUUGCUGCGAGUGCGAGCGGCGUCUGCAGCGGGGCGAUGAGUUUGUGCUCAAGGAGGGGCAGCUGCUGUGCCGCAGCGACUACGAGAAAGAGAAGGAGAUGCUGAGUGCCAUCAGCCCCACGCCCACCGAGUCCGUGAAAAGCGAGGAUGAGGAUGGCAGCCACUCGCAUGGCAAAGGCAGCGAGGACAGCAAAGACCACAAACGCUCCAAGCGCCCGCGCACCAUCCUCACCACGCAGCAGAGGAGAGCGUUCAAGGCUUCGUUUGAGGUCUCCUCCAAACCCUGCAGGAAGGUGAGGGAGACCCUGGCGGCGGAGACGGGGCUGACGGUGCGGGUGGUGCAGGUGUGGUUCCAGAACCAAAGAGCAAAGAUGAAGAAGAUUGCUCGCAGGCAGCAGCAGCAGCAGCAGCAGCAGCAGGAGCAGGAGCAAAUGGGCAAUCCCCGCUUGGGCUCUGGGAGGGGGACCGGGCGCAGCAGCAGGCAGAGCAACGACGACAGCGAAGAUGGCGCAAGCGUUCACGGCCUGGAUGGGCUGAUGGUCCCAUACCCCCGGCUCCCCCAGCAGCAGCUGCUGCCCCUGGACCAGAAUGGCUACAGCACAGACCUCUACAGGCAGGGCCUCACCCCACCACAGCUGCCCGGAGACCACCUGCACCCCUACGAUUCGGAAGGAGUUUUCCAUGACAUGGACAGCGACAGCAUCAGCCACCUGGGGGACUGCCUGCUGUCGACGGCCGAAGCCAACCUCCUGCAAGCCCGCGUGGGCAACCCCAUCGACCGACUGUACUCCAUGCAGAGCUCCUACUUCACCUCCUGACCUUCAAACAGCUCUCCACCAGUACCCACCAGCAUCUUGGACGGGUGCUGCUCUGGGUUCAGACAUGAGACAUUCCUUGAGCGCUGCACAACGGAGGAGGCAGCAGAUCCGGCCCACACAGAAGCACUAUUCUGCAACCCGAAGGACUUGGGGUUGCCUCUCUCCUUACUUUCUAGCCUAAAUGGACAGAAUGAUGUCGUUUAGCUGUUCCUUUAGCAGUUUGUCCAGUUUUGAAGCUGUUUGAGCAUGAUGUCCUUCCAACACAGACUGGCCAAGCCAAGCAGAGCGGCUCCGAGCAGCAGCACGGGCUCUUCCCACACAAACUCUUGUUUAUUCAAUUCCUGCUGCGCUGGUUUGCCUCAUUCCUCAGCCCAGACGCUUCGUGGGGCAAGGUUAAUUUUCAACAAGGUCCUGAGGCCUCUCCAAGGGACGCCUCUCUGCUCCAUGCCCUCUUCGUGCCCAUCGCUCGGUCGGCGCAGCGCAGUUUUCAUUUGACAUUUCAGAGAGGCGCCGUCGCCUGGCUUCUGAAUGAAACAGCUGGGAUCGGUGUCUGCCUCCAGAAAUGAGAGCAUUUCUGCUCCGUCGUGUUCCAGGAUGCCAAGAGAAAUGUGGCAAAACCACAGCGAGUUCCCCAUUGCUGUUACAUCUUGCAUUCUCCAAAGGGGCAGUUUUACUCCGUUCGUGGACAGAACACAAAAUCACAGCUGCCAGCCAUGCUCCUUUCUGCUUUUUUUUUCUUUUCUUUUCUUUUCUUUUUUUUUUCCUAUUUUAAAACCGCAAAGUGAAGAGGAUUCGCUCUAAAAAUAUUCCCACUGGAAAGCCUGGUCUCUACAGCUAUGUCCACAGCAGGGUUUUUUUGGCAACUCUGCCCAUGGCUGGUGGGUUGGAACAAGAUUUUUGAGGUUCUGUACAAUCCAAAUCAUUCUAUCGUUCCAUGAUCUUUAAGGACCCUUCCAACCCAACCAUUCUAUCGUUCCAUGAUCUUUAAGGACCCUUCCAACCCAACCAUUCUAUGGCUCUGUGAUCUUUAAGGACCCUUCCAAACCAACCAAUUUCAUGGUUCCAUUGUCUUUAAGAUCCCCUCCACCCCAACCAUCCCAUGGUUCUAUAAUUUUUAAGCACCCCUCCACCCCAACCAUCCCAUGGUUUCAUGAUCUUAGAGGUCCCUUCUCACCCAACCAUUCCAUUGCUCUACGAUUUGAUGAUUUCCCACCCUGACUCCUCUUCCAGGCAUCCCAGCACCUCGCUUCCCUCCGAUAUGUGAUGGCAGAAAUAAACUGGAUGCCAUUACCCCCUGAUACCUCAUUUGGGCUUUGAGGGCAACCCAGCAGUGAUGCCAGGACUCAGCCAAGAGCAAAGCGCGUCUCUGCUGGGGGUUGGGAGCAGGGAUCCAUUUUCUCCCCCCAUCACAACGCCCUUCUCAGU